AUUGGUUCUCUUUCAUAGUUUCACUCAUUCCCAGUUCUGCAUUUGUCGCCGACCGGUGGGGUGGAAAAAGAUCGGAUUUUUUGGGGUCUGCUGACUCGCGCUCUUCCUUGUUAUCCAAAUCCAGAUGGUUGAUUCAUCUGGGACCAGUCUCUGUUUUGAUCUUGCCCAUUCGUACUUCGGUGUCAUAUAGUGAAUUUCUACAGCUCGUGCCCGAACAUUAAUGGGUAACGGUUGAACAUAAUAGCUGAGGCUAGGUAUAUUUGCGAAUAGGGGAGCUUUCCGCGGAUGAGUUUUGAUUCGAUGAUUUUGCUGAACAGAGCUCAUUCAAUUUUUUGUGCUAGUCCUGAUUGGGGCUGGGGGAAUAAUAUUUUCUAGUAUUGGCUUAUCAAGGUUGUAGGCUUGACGAUGAUGAAAUUCACGUGUGACUGCGUUUGGUGUUCAGGAGGCUCCGUUUCACGGGGGGCUUUUGUUCUUUGAAUUUUCCUGGUUGAUGGAUUUAGAGGCUUGCUUUGAGAUAUUUCGGUGAUUCCUUGUAGUUUGUGUUAUGGAGACUGAGGAACUUAAUUUGAACAAAGAAUCUGUUGUUGUUGCUGGAAGUAAUAGUAAGUGUGGCGAUGGAUUCAUCGAUAGAAGCAAAGUCAGGAUUUUGUUAUGUGACAACGAUGCCAAGAGUUCGGAAGAGGUGUUUACGCUUCUCUUGAAGUGCUCUUAUCAGGUUACUUCAGUGAGGUCAGCAAGACAGGUAAUUGAUGCAUUGAACGCAGAAGGGCAAGAUAUUGAUAUCAUACUUGCUGAAGUUGACCUCCCCAUGAAGAAGGGUUUGAAGUUGUUGAAGUACAUCGCACGAGACAAUGAGCUGCGCCGAAUCCCUGUUAUAAUGAUGUCGGCACAAGACGAGGUAUCCAUUGUUGUUAAGUGCUUAAAACUCGGAGCAGCUGACUAUCUAGUAAAGCCUUUACGGACUAAUGAACUAUUAAAUUUGUGGACACACAUGUGGAGAAGGAGGCGCAUGCUUGGACUUGUAGAGAAGAACAUCUUGAGCUAUGACUUCGACCUGGUUGUAUCAGAUCCUAGUGACGCUAAUACAAACAGCACCACCUUGUUCUCAGAUGAUACAGAUGACAAGUCCAAAAGGAGCACUAAUCCUGAGACUGGAAUGCCUAUCCAACAGGAACAUGAGUCGACUGUUGCUGUUGCCUCUGCUGCUUUAGUUGUUGAGGAGCCUCCAAAUGCUCGAGCAUCAAAAUAUCGCCCUGAAGUUCCUGGGAUUAGUGAUCGCCGAACUGGACAUUUUUCGGCUGGUCCCAAGAAGAGUGAACUUAAGAUUGGGGAGUCAUCAGCCUUCUUCACUUACGUUAAAGCAGCCGCAAUGAAGAGCAACUCCCCACCAGUCUAUGUCGAUCGUGGGGCUGCUACACAUUUGAGGAUGGAAGAUACACAUCAAGCAUGCACUCAACAAGGGGCUAAUGAUCUUCAAAUACAUGAAAAUGGAGAGACAUGUGAAAGCCAUUCACAGGAUGACUUGCCCAGCAGUAAUAGCAUCCCAGAUUCUUUCUCCAUUGAAAGGUCUUCUACUCCUCCUGCAUCAAUGGAGACUUCGCAGCAAAAACACUUCAUGGAAGAAGCUUUGACUCAGGGUAUGAUCCAUCCAAGAAAUGGAACUCAUAAUUCUGAACUUGAAGUAUCCGGCAUGCCUGGCCAACAUCAUUAUCCAUAUUAUAUUUCAGGGGUUGUUAAUCCCAUUAUGAUGCCAUCUUCAGCACAAUUGUACCAGAAGAAUCUCCAGGACCUGCAAGCCCAUGCUGGUACAGCUGUCAUUCCACAAUACAAUCAUCUUUCACAAUGCCCUCCUCAUACAACGGGCAUGACAUCCUUCCCAUAUUACCCAAUGGGUAUAUGCUUACCGCCUGGACAGAUGUCUUCUGUUCAUUCAUGGCCAUCAUUUGGUAGUCCGAGCUCAUCUGAAGUCAAAAUAAGUAAAGUUGAUAGAAGAGAAGCGGCAUUGAUGAAGUUUAGGCAGAAAAGGAAAGAGCGCUGCUUUGAUAAGAAAAUCAGAUACGUCAAUAGGAAACGACUUGCUGAACGACGGCCACGGGUAAGAGGACAAUUUGUUAGAAAGUUGAAUGGCGUAAAUGUAGAUCUUAAUGGCCAACCUGUUUCCACCGACUACGAUGAGGAUGAUGAUGAAGAUGAAGAGGAUCAUGCAGCGCCAGAUUCCUCUCCUGAGGAUGCUUAAGAAUAUCCAUGUUCUGCUUUGCAGGAGGACAUAAUAUUUGAAAUCCAACGUAGAGUCAGUGAAGGACCUGCCUUUUUUCCGUGCUUGAAGAAGACUUGCCUCAGCAUGCUGAGCAUGGGCAUCUGUGUCAAUGACGCUAAUCCAAUCUGCGCCCUCUUUAUUUGGAGCCUAGACAAAUUCUUGCCUGGUACUGACCCAAAAGGCAUCCUACUUGUGCUCUUCGUUGUGCGGAAUAUGGUUGAAAAUAUCAUAUUUGUGUUUAAUUGAAACUGUUAGAUGCAGCUUGUGCUUACUUAUGUUUAUGGAGAAAUGUAUAAUACAUAAAGAAUUUUCGGAGAAAUUAGUUUUGUUGCCCAAGAAUUUACCGUCAGGAGGGGGGGGGGGGGGGGGACAGUUGUCCGAAGUCUUUCCCAUCCAUGUCUCCUUGCCAGGUAAACUUCGAAAGAUGGAACUCAGGGUUCAGUGUCUGCUGAGUGGACUCAUUGCUAUAGAUUUUAGGGAAAAGUCGAAGAUCAGGAUUUCGUUGUUUACUUAGCUUGGAAGUUGUAUCUUUAUGUUUACUAGUUAUUUUAACUAAUUUUACCA